AUGUCCGAGCAGGGUUUGUCUUUCGUGUACUACUGCUCUGGACAUGGAUACGGACAUGCUACCCGCGUUUCUGCGUUUGCGGGUCAUCUGCUGUCUCUGAAUCCGCAACCCACGGUGUACAUUGUCUCUUCCGCACCGAGGCACGUCUUUGCGGACAGCAUCGCACAGGGCGCGACAUAUCGCUACGCAGAUAUCGACCCUGUUGUGGUCCAACCCCUUGCGUAUAGAGUCGAUCGUCGCAAAAGUGUAGAUGUCCUCAAGUCCUUCUUAGCGAAGAAAGACGCCAAAUUGGAGGAGGAGAUCGAGUUUCUGAAAGAUGUCGAAGCCGAUUGUGUCCUCAGUGACGCUGCAUUCCUCGGCUGUUUAGCCGCGCACGCGUGCCGCAUUCCAUCCGUUCUUGUCACCAACUUCAGCUUUGACUCUGUGUACUCCUACCUAUCCACCACCGACGUUGAUCAGAACGUCCAGGAUUCCCAUCCCCGCGACAUCCUCCAGGCACCCUCCGCCCCAGAUGACAUCUCGCCCGACGUUCCCAUCCCACCAUCCGAACUCGAGCCCCUCGUAGCGCAGAUACACGUAGGGUAUCGCUGUGCCGACUUACUACUGCUCCUUCCCGGCGCGAUCCCCAUGCCCUCGUUUGCGGCUCUGCCAACUCUGCCGAGCCCGGCCUGGAUAGACCCCGUUACGAUGUCAUUCAAACCGGAAAUUCUCGACUACCUCGCCAGAAUAUCGUCUGACAUCACGAUGCUGCCCUCCGUUCCAUUCAGCAUCUCGCCUGAUUGUCCUGACCAAGACGCGAGUCCAACAACGCCUGAUCGCAUCCGCACCAUUCGUGAAGCACCACUUCUAGUUCGCCCAACCAACGCCUCAAUAUACACCCCGCUUGGUCGUUCUGCACUUCUUAGCUCUAUAGGAGUACCUGAACAUCUACACGAUGAAUCUCGGACGAAGAUACUCAUCGUGUCCUUCGGCGGCCAGUCUUUCCGCCGACCGCAUAGCCGCGCGCCCAGCCGCGCCGGCUCUUCAGUGGACCUCACCGACCUCACCAGCAGGAUGCAUCUUCACUCCAACGUUCAUAGUCGUUCACCGCCGUCCUUCGGCGCGCAUAAUCUCACCCCGAUCUCGAGUUCCGACUCGGGGGAAACCGCUGCCAGCUUAUUACUUCCUUCGCGUUGGUCCUCGUCAUCUUGCACGACACCUGAUCCUGUGCCAUCACCGCAGUAUCCACCGCCAGCAGUACCCUCAGUGCCCUCCCGACCAGGACUUCCGCGCCUAGCAUCUGCAUCGCAUAUAUUCAUUCCUGGUGCGCCACCAGCAGCCAAGACGCCCGCCACGCCGACGAUGGGGAGCUUUCCGACGUUCUGUAGCAUCACUCCCGCGUCACCUAUCCCUACCCUAAUAUCCGAGGACAGUAACGCUUGGGGUUCACAGACGUCUACUGAGGCGGGCGCGAAUGACGAAAGCGCCCUGGAAGAAGACCCUUUCUUGCUGCCGGACGAGUCGUGGAUUGCGAUUGUAUGCGGGGUGCCUAAGGAAUGGGGUCGUGAACACGGCGAGGAGUUGCCGGCUGGAUUCUACGUGGCGCCUAAAGAUGUGUACAUGCCAGAUUUAACAGCAGCGGCCGACGUUCUUCUCGGUAAACUCGGAUACGGCACGGUAUCGGAGUGUGUCGAUGCAUGCACGCCUUUUGUAUACGUCCCCCGCCCACUGUUCAUUGAAGAACACGGCCUCCGGCUCCUUUUGGAGCGCGAAGGAGCCGGUGUCGUGCUCCCGCGCGCGAAGUACGAAGCUGGCGACUGGGCCCGCGCUGUCAGUGAAGCGUAUGCAAAGGGGAAGGAUAGGAAGGUUAGAAAGAGGCAAGAGGGUGAAACGGGGCUGAGGAAGAGGCAAGGGGUAGAGAUAGCACAAGGACUGGUGAAAUGGGUAGAGGAGUGGUUGACCCACAACUGACGGUAUGGCAUCACCAAUGGAAAUCACGUUUCACAUGAGCAUGACCGUCUAACGGUGCUCUAGCUUCAGGACUAGAUUGUGUAACAUGUGAUUGUCAGCAUGCUAUGGACGGUCACUACUUCGUAUU